AUGAACACCCAUUCCAAGCCACCCCCCAUCCUCGACCCGACCCUCACCCCGCCAUACAUCACCCUCAUCCUUCUCCUGCCGCCGCUCUACCUCCUUCUCCAGCGCAUCCGCAAAGACUACCACGCCUUCCUUGCCCUCGGACCCGGAGGCACGCCCGCCACGCCCACAGGUUACCUCCGCAUCUGCAUCCUGCGACUCUUCGCGCUGCGCAACCCACUCACGCCGCCGCCGCUCCCACGCCUCUCCGCAGGCUGUCUCCAUGCAGAUACCCUCCCGCGACGUCGCGGACCUCGGCCCACCGUCGCGGGGAUCGCCCCGCACCGCCAGACCACGCAAAAGGGCAGUCGCGCCAUGUACCAGGCCCUGACGGCGGCCAUGCAUGAUCUCACGCGGCGGCACCCUGACCUCCUCUACUCCGACACGUCGUGCUUCGAGAAACACAGCACCGGCAUCUUCUCGCGCCGCGUGGCCGCCUCCACCCCCCGCGCGACGGCGGCGGGAGUCCACCACCGCACCUGCAACGGCGAGGUGUGUCACAGCCAUCCCAGCGACGGCAGUCUGCACCUCACGCUGCAUCCGGCGGAUGUGGCGCUGCUGCUGGAGCGGGGAUGGGGUCAGCGGCAUCCGUUGGCGCGGGAGGACUGGUGGUGGGGGGUGGUGCGAACCGUGCCCCCGGGAUUCGUUAUGGUGUAUGCGCCGCGCGAUGCCGAGGAGCUGGCCUGCGUGAUGGAGAUUGUGCGCGCGGCGGUGUGGUGGGUGAGCGAUCAGGAGUUAGCAUCGGGGGAGUCCAUGCCAGGAGUGGGAGUGGGAGGGAGUGGAAAGUAG